AAACAAACUUGUGCGUAUAAAAAUCCAUUGUGCGAUACAGCCCGAUAGGGUUUUGCCGUCGCAAUUCAUCAUGAACAGCAAAAUCGUCCUAUUGCUGGCACUAUCUAUACUCGCUGUAGCAUUUGCAAAGUCAAAGAAAAAGAAGGAGUCUUCUUCAUCGGAUAGCAGUGACGGCAGCAGCGAGGACAAGAGAAGAGAGAAGGCGAAAGAGACGGACGAAAAGCAGAACGAAGAGGAGAAAGAAAAGCGCGACAAGCAAAAGGAAAAGCGGCGGAGGAAGAAUAAGAGUUCGUCGUCUUCGAGCGAUUCCAGCGAAGAAGAACGGACAACCGCUAAGUCCACUACGCCAGAAAGUACUACUCAGAGUUCAACAAAGGCGAGCGAGAAAUCCACCUCCACUAACAAAUCGACCACUACCUCAAGCACAACUCCUUCGACUACGACAACCGACGAGGAGGUACCCGUGUCGCCAGCAGACAACAAAUUUUAACUGUAUUAGCAUUGUUUUAACCAUUGAAAGUGGUAUAUUGGUUAACAAUUACCGUAUAACUGUUGUAAGUACGAAGCAAAGCUUUCAUUAAACAUAAGUCCAGUUUC